CAUGGCUUGUCGACCUUUCCACGGCAUCGGAGGGCUUCUCCUUUCUCGUACUUCUCGACUCUUGCCGCCCCUCUUCUCGACGGUAUCGGCCUUGCCGUUCCUUCACCCCCUGCACUGGCAGGUGUCCACUUCAGCGGCCUUCCACCAGCUGCGCCAUUAUCGCCAUUGCAUCACUAGCGACGAGAACAGCACAUCGACCGGCUCUCCGGCGUCGGCGCGCGGUGCUCCCGAGGAGUGAGGAGUGGAGGCCAAUCCCUGAGUUCAAUGGCGUGUCGAAGAAGGGGGCAGAGGUCUCAUCACACGGCUACGUGUGGAGAGCCAAAACAGGAGUGACGAAGGGGCGCUUGGAGUCGCAUGGCUAUUAUCAUACGACCAUCACCGGGAAGAUCUAUCGCGUCCACCGACUUAUAGCGGAGACCUUCCUGCAGGAGCAGAAGCAGCAGCUGAUCAACCAACAUGGCCAAUCCAUUGCCGAGAAACUCCACGUCGACCACAUCGAUGGCCGCAAGGACAACAAUCAUGUGUCGAACCUCCAGUGGCUGACGCCGCGGCAGCACGGUAUCAAGACGCGUCGGACGCUUCCAAAGCCUCGCAACCUUCUGAGUUCUGCGAGAAAGGUGAUUGCAACUCACAAAUCGGGGGAGCAGCAGCAAUUCGUCUCAGUUGGCGCAGCAGCAGAGCACUUCUGUGUGUGGUUCAAGGAGAUCCUGUUCAGCAUACAGCGCAAGCGAAUGCCGAUUCAGGGGUGGACCUUUAGCCAUCCACGAGAGGACAUGGCUGUCUUACCUGGGGAGAAGUUCCGCUCGAUUACGUCUCUUCGCGAUCUCUAUAAGAAGCGACUGCCAAUGGUUUCGAACAUGGGGCGAAUUCGGCACAUCAACGGCCGCUUGACCGAUGGCACGUUGGAUUGUCUGGGGUACCGUCGCGUCAAUCUGGGAGGGUACAUGCUGGCGGUGCACAGAUUGGUUGCAGAGGUGUUUCUGCACAAAGAGAAGAGGAGGCUGAUAGAAGGGGGCAACGAGGAAGGCUACUUAGAUGUCGACCACAUCGAUAGCAACCGAUGUAACAGUCGGCUCGAGAAUCUGCAGUGGGUCACCAAGUAA